AUGGAAGAAUACAGUUGCUGCCCAUCCGGGCCCUGCUCUCUGGAAAUUUCCUUUGGGAGGGGCUGGAGACUGCAGGCAGCCCUUCCCUGCCUCUGGCUACCCCUAACGCCGCCUUCUUGCCUGGCUCAGCAGGGCCCCCUCUGAGUACACUCAGCUUUUCUUGUGACCGGGGUAAAUAUUACCUGACACUGUUAAUAUUUAAUGCCCCCCACCUCUGUCCCGCCACCCCCACGGCAGACACUGUCCCCGAAGUAGAGGCUGCAGGAAGACUGUGGAGAAGCUGUGGUGGCUGGGGAAAUGACAGGGCUGUCGGCUGAUGAUGGUGGCAGUGCCAAGGGGGCAGAGGAUCCCUUCCACUAUGAUUAUGAGACCGUCCGCAAAGGGGGCCUGAUCUUCGCGGGCCUGGCCUUCGUCGUGGGGCUCCUCAUACUCCUCAGCAAACGAUUCCGCUGUGGGGGCAGUAAGAGGCACAGGCAGGUCAAUGAAGACGAGCUGUGACAAUAGAGCAGCUAGUGCACAGGCACCAAGGACACCCAUCUUCCCGAGGACACCCAUCUUCCCGAGAUGUGCACCAAGGACACCCAUCUUCCCGAGGACACCCAUCUUCCCGAGAUGUACUCCACUGUCCCAUCACGGUCUGCACUCAUGAAGGACGUGCCGGGCUCACUAUGAGCCCCUCAUGGUCACCCACUCAUGCCUCCUGAUCCUUAACUGCCUUCCUCUCCUCCCCAACCCUUCUAACAUCCCACCUCCUGUUCCAACUUGGGGUACAUGUGCAGCCUCACUGGUUUUCAAUGAAUCACUCUAGCAAGUACCUGCCGAUGAAAA